AUGGGGGAGGAUGUUAUGUACAACCAGUUCUUGUCAGGAGACCAUGGGAUGAUAAGUGGAUGUCCGAAUAUAGUGUUGCUGUUUCUCGCUCUCGCAUUACUGGUGGGCGCUAUCGUACUGGUAGCCUGCCUCAGUAAAAAAAAGAAGAAGGUUGGACCAGAAGAGGUUAAGGCCGAACCUGUGAAGUCAAAAGAAGAGGACCCCAAUACAAAUUCUGAUGUAGUGGAUGAUAUCGCAGAUGAAAUAGAUAAAUUUGCGGAACAAAAGAAAAAGAUGGCGCUUUAUCUAAGCUACCUUAAUACGCGAGACGGAGAGGGGCUUGCAAAUGCUAACGCAAGACGAUUUUUGAUCGCGACGAAGGGGCGUAAUGUGGUCAAUAACCCUAACUUUGAGGAUGAGAUUGAGGAGAUUAUCGACGAGGAUCAGAUGGAAUACUUAGAGCGACGCCGUCGGGCUAUGGUUAACCAACUCAACGCUGUAAUGGGUGUGGACAAAAAGAAAGACAAGCAGCGCAAUCGAAGACCUGACAAUUUUAUGUGA